AUGAUCAGGCUGCGACUUGGAGCCUACGGGCUCUCCUUGUCCUCGAAGCAACCUGGUCAGACUCCCAUUACGGAACUACACCCUGGCAUGGUCUUGUCUGGCGAGAUCCACCAUUCAUCGGAGAAGAAGUACCAAGUCACGCUCCUGGAGAGUUGGAUCUGGGUUUGUGCGGGGAAGCCAACAGCAUUCGGCUGGUUCGCGCGGAAUAUGGCCAGGGCGACUCCAACCCGGAGCGCACACUGCAGCCAGCCUAGCAUCACUUAUCCCUCCACCCCUCCUCACCCCUCCCCACCCGUCACCACCCAUCACCACCCGUCCCCACCCAUCCCCACCCGUCCUCACCCGUCCCCACCCGUCCCCACCAUCCCAACCCAUCUCCACCCAUCUCCACCCCAGGAGUUCCUGGAAGCCAACAGCAUUCGCCUGGGUGACCCCAACCCGGGGUGCACACUGCAGAACGACAUGCGGGAUGCAGGGAGGUGGGCACGGCCGUGGGGCUGGGGAGAGGUUCUAUCUUAUCGCAACCUCCCUGGGGACUCACGUGGUGCUGGGUUCCGUUACCUGCCGCACCGGUGA